AUGACGGACCUUACGAAUUCUGAAAACCAUCAACACGCCGAUAACUUUGAAGGGCUCGCUCUCAAGGAUGUCAUAUCUAACCGUCGCAAACCCUUCUACAAGGAUUGGACCUUGAUCAAACUGAACACCCUUCUGCUCUGUGCUCUUCUUACGCAAAUCGCAUCAGGCUACGACAGCAGCAUGCUGAACGGAAUGCAGUCCCUCCCUCAAUGGAGGAAAUACUUUGGUUCUCCUACCGGCACUCGUUUAGGUGCAAUGACUUUUGGUCCCACGGGAGGGACACUAAUUUCGGUACUAGUUUCAUCGCAGCUCUGUGAGAAAUUUGGUCGCCGAUAUCCUAUCUGUGGCGGAUCGUUAAUUAUCAUUCUGGGUUCUAUCCUGCAAACUUGUGCUAUCAAUUAUGCCAUGUUUGUGGUUUCGCGCUUCUUUGUCGGAUUUGGGCUAGGAAUCGUCGCCGUCGCCGCUCCACCUCUGCUCUCCGAGGUUGCCUAUCCUUCUCAUCGUGGGAAGCUUGUUUCCUUCUAUCUUGUCACAUGGUCUCUGGGUUCACUUAUUGCUGCCUGGAUCACAUAUGGGACGUUCAAGAUGACAGGUUCAUCUUGGAGCUGGCGAAUACCAAGUGUUUUACAAUGCUUUUUCUCUUUAAUUCAAGCAGUACUUAGCCUCUUCGCGCCGGAGUCGCCACGUUGGCUUAUUUACAAUGGCCGUAAAAAAGAAGCUCUUGAAAUUUUCAACAAAUAUCACGCAGAUGGGGAACCCAAUUCGCGCCUCGUACGAUUUGAAAUGGCAGAGAUAACUGCGACCCUGGAGAUGGAAAAGGUCCAGAAGAUGUCUCGCUGGUCGGAAUGGCUUGCAACUAAGGGGAACAAGCAUCGAUUAUUCCUCGCUCUAUAUAUUCCCGCCAUGUUACAGUGGUCGGGUAAUGCACUCACGUCGUAUUACUUGUCGAAAGUAUUGAAUACAAUAAACGUGACGGACUCCAGGACUCAGCUUAUCAUCAACGCCUGCCUGUCUAUCUGGAGCUUCGUUUCGGCUGCAUUCUUUGCAACGCUUGUCGACAAAGCUGGUCGUCGACGUCUUUUUCUCUGCGGUAUGGGCGGUAUGGGGGUAUCUUAUGUUAUUUGGACAAUCUGCUCCGCGAUAAACCAGCAGAAGAAUUUCAAGGAUACUGGCUACGCUACUGCGGUACUCCUCAUGAUUUUCAUUUACGGAGCAUGCUACCACAUGUGUUCCCCAGUUGCACCAACCUACAUUAUGGAAGUGGUCCCCUACUCUCUUCGCGCGAAAGCAUCUAUGCUAUACCAGUUAACAGGAAACCUAGCUGGUAUCUACAACAGCUUUGCAAAUCCAGUUGCUAUGGACAAGAUAUCUUGGCGAUACUAUAUCGUCUGGUGUGUUGUGAUUGCUAUUCAUUUCACCUUGAUAUUCUUCUUCUUCCCGGAAACGAAAGGAUUGGGCCUCGAAGAAGUGGCAGAGAUAUUUGAUGGGCCGAAUGCGUUGUCCGGCGUGAAUGCAAUGAGGGAGACAGGAUUGGAUGUGCAUGCGGACAAGGUAUUGGCAUUUGGAAAUGAGGAUUUAUCUUCGCCAAUUAAGGGAUCAGUGUCGUAUGUAGAGAGAGCCUAA